GUCCAGUAUUCUGCACUCAAUGUCGUCGUCUUCUUCUUCCUAACUACUUUCAGUUUCCCCAGCGGAGAUCAACACAACAAUGGCUUGGGAGCCCAUUUCAUGGCUCAUCUUCCUCUUCAUGGACAUAUCUCUUCUGUGCAUGAAUCUCUACCAGAUUGUGUGCUUGUCGGAUUUGGAGGCGGAUUACUUGAACCCUUAUGAAUCUGCUUCUCGCAUAAACAACCUGGUUCUCAAGGAGUUCCUACUGCACGGGGUCUUUUCGAUUUCGUUGCUCGUCACCCGCCAUUGGUUCUUGUUUUUCCUCUCACUUCUUCCCAAUUACAUCAAUGCAAAAAAGUUCUUGGCGCGACAACAUCUCAUUGAUGUCACUGAAGUAUUUAGGGUGAUUGAUUCGGAGAAGAAGAUUCGGGUUGCCAAGCUAGCCUUCUAUUUAAUUUUCUUCAUUAUUAUCCUCAUCAGAUCGUCCAUUGCAGGGGCAUUUUCCACAGUGCUUUCGGCUCUCCUAUCGAAUAGUGAAGAUUUAGAUGUUCGCUCCUCUGUUCUUGAAUUUUAGAGACUUGACUAUUUGGAUGCUAUAUCCAUUGCAAAUGCUAUCAUCUUUACCUUAAGGGCUGGUAAUAUCAGUAAUGAGAUGUCUGAUUGACGACGAGCGCGAAGAUUUUCAUUUCAGUUUGCUUGGCAGUCCCGUCUUCAGGUGAAAGUCAUUUACCAUUUUAGAGCAGAAGCCUCUGGUCUUUGAUCAACCAGCUUUGCACACCUUCAUCUUCCCCAAUCCCCACUCUUCCAUUGUAGUCUUGACGCUGAAGCUCACCUUCUUCUCUCUUCCUCUCUGUAUUGUACGACACAUCUUUUUUAUUAGUAUGAACUUUAGAAAAAAACGGUUUACAGUUCCAUAUGUGCCAAUACAAAACUUGACAUUAU